AAUCAUUUUAUUCCUAGUAUUUGAUUAUCGAAAAACAAGAAAUUCGAGAUGAAAUUUUAAACGGUCGAUUCUCAGAUCGGGCUUGCAUUUUCUGCGAAGUAAUUGGCGAAUGCCUGGUAGACCAACGGUCACUGUUCUUCUUCACCGAUCAAUUUUAGAAAACGGCAGAAUCCCUCCUUCGGUUUUGUCAACUAUUAAAAAGCUUAAAAGUGGUUAUAUCAAUGGUACAAGAGUUGUUUUUGGUCGAUUAGAUGAAUUUCUCAGCACUUCAUGUAUAACUAGUCUUAGCUUCUUGGGUAAUACAGAGGAAGGUGAUCCAGAUAAUUUAAGUUCGAGUGUAAAAGAAUAUCUGGAAAAAGAACUUCGAAAACCUUUUGUUCGAGCAACUCAACAUGGAAAAUUGUAUCUCAAUACUAGGAAUCAUUUGAUUCUUGAUUAUUGAUUAUCGAGAUUAUUAAGAUAAUAGAGAAAUAAAUAAG